AUCAAUAAAAGGGUGCUGGGCGGCUGCCCAUAUACAUGCCAAACAAACACCACUCCGACCAACAACCACCAUAUGGGUUUAGAGACGGGAACCAAUACGACGGCCGCCGGUCAUCAGCAUCACAAAUCUCCACCACCGGAGUCCAACAACCACCACCACCACCAGACUCCUAAACUGGUGAUCAUCUUUGCCAUGGUAGCUUUUUCGUGUCUCUUUUUGUAUCACUCUUCUCUCCCCUUACGGUUUCCCGGCAUCAUCGGUCACAGAAAUUCGCGAUCGGACAACAAAAUCGGGGAAUUGAAAACCAUACUCAAAAAGGCGGCAAUAAAUAAUAAUACGAUUGUAAUAACUGCUAUAAACGAUGCUUGGGCGGAACCAAAUUCUAUGUUUGAUCUGCUUCUUGAGAGCUUCCAAAUAGGGAAUCAAACACAGAGGUUUCUAAAUCAUUUGGUUGUCAUAGCCUUGGAUCAAAAAGCAUAUGCUCGUUGCUUGAAGUUACAUCCGCAUUGUUACAACCUCAAUACUGAUGGGGUGGAUUUCUCCGAGGAAGCGUAUUUUAUGGCUGCGGAUUAUUUGAAAAUGAUGUGGAGAAGAAUCGAUUUCCUACGUACCGUUCUAGAAUUAGGGUAUGACUUCCUCUUCACGGAUGCAGACAUAAUGUGGUUUAGGGAUCCAUUUCCACACUUCCAUGAAGAUGGUGAUUUCCAAAUUGCUUGUGAUUACUUUAGAGGGAACCCAUUUGACCUCAACAAUCUCCCAAAUGGAGGUUUCACUUAUGUAAAGUCAAACGUCAGGACAAUCCAGUUUUACAAGUACUGGUUCGAUUCAAGAUUGAAUUAUACAGGUCUACAUGAUCAAGACGUGUUCAAUAAGAUCAAGUUCGAUCCCUUCAUUAGUCACAUAAGGAUACGGAUCCGGUUUCUUGAUACGUCGUUUUUCGGUGGAUUUUGUGAGCCAAGCAGGGAUUUCGACAAGGUAUGCACCAUGCAUGCCAAUUGCUGUGUUGGGUUAGAGAACAAGGUUCAUGAUAUCGGAAUUAUGCUCCAAGAUUGGCGAAAAUACAUGUUGUCACUUGGGAAUGAAACUGCAACACUUAGCUCUGCUUCUUGGACGGUUCCUCAAUCUUGCAGAGGUUCGUUCCAAAGACCCCGUGCUCCCAAAAAACGUGGAAAUAAGAGAUGAUCGUCUUGCCAAGGGAAUUUCGUGAAGAUUGGGGUAAAACCACAAGCAAAUCAAUUGUAUCAUUGUUGAUGGUCGAUGUGACGUAAUGCCACGAUCUUUGUAAAAAAUUCAAAAUGAUAUUGUUUCAUAUAUUACAUUCGC